AUUGAUUACUUUUUUACCUACCAAUUCUGGUUGCAAGUUGCAACAAGUAGUAGAAAGCAAAAUCAAGUGUUUUUCAUCAAUGGCAGCAGUUUAUUCAUCCUUCAUAUUACUUCAUACCUUCCCGUCCCGUUCUUCAUUCUCUCGAUUCCAUUUUCACAAUCUCAAACUCAACAACAACAACAAUCCAAUAUUCCCAAUGUCUUCAUCACUUCCUUUAAAAUCACCCUUUCAUUUAUUACCUUCCCAUGUCAACAAAUUCAACCGCACAAAUCGAACCGUUUUCAAAUUCCGCGCUUCAUCUUCUUCAUCGGGUUCCACCACUUUAACUAACCGAACCGUUUUAUUUACCUCCGUUAUUACCGUUACUUUAGCGGUUGCUAAUCGCGUUCUUUAUAAACUAGCUCUUAUUCCUAUGAGCAAUUACCCAUUUUUCCUCGCUCAGUUCACUACUUUUGGGUAUGUUGUUAUAUAUUUUAGCAUUUUGUAUAUCCGAUAUCAGUUAGGGAUAGUUACGAAUGAGAUGCUUGCGAUUCCGAAAUGGCGCUUUUUCAUCAUUGGAUUUUUGGAAGCUUUGGGAUUGGUAACUGGAAUGUUUGCUGGAGCAAUACUUCCUGGACCAGUCAUACCCAUAUUGAAUCAGACAUUUUUAGUUUGGCAGCUAAUGUUUUCCGCUCUAAUCCUGAGGAGAAGGUACUCAAUCAACCAAGUGGUUGGGUGUUUACUUGUAGGUGCUGGUGUUGUGGUGGCUAUUUCAAGUGGCUCUAAUGCAGGUCAGAUGCUCUCUGAAGUUGAGUUCUUUUGGCCAGCUUUGAUGAUAGUUUCUUGUGCCUUUCAAGCUGGGGCUUCGAUAAUCAAGGAAUUUGUUUUUCUUGAUUCUUCCACUCAAUUAAAGCAGAAGUCAUUGGAUAUAUUUGUGGUUAAUUCUUUUGGAUCUGGGUUUCAGGCUCUUUUCGUACUUCUCUUUCUUCCUUUACUCUCUAACUUGAAAGGAAUACCAUUUGUUCAACUUCCUUCAUAUCUUAAAAGUGGCGCAGGUUGCUUUCUAAACAUUGGAGCUGGUAAAGCAGCUCCAGAUUUUUGUCAAAGGAAAAGAGCUUUGUGGUCAUGUUAAUGGAAUCGAUUAUGCCCCUGAGAAAACACAGAAGGAUGCCUAUGCCAAAUGGGAAGUCAAAGAUGCCAAAGUCACGACAUUAAUCAUAGGUUCUGUUGAUCCUAAUACCGUUAUCAAUUUCCGACUUUUCGCUACCGCAGCGAAGAUGUGGGACUACUUGAAGAAUAUAUGCAGCCAAGACAACACUGCUCAGCGGUUCCAGCUUGAACAUGAAAUCACAAAUUUUCAACAAAAAAUUAUUUCCAUUUCUGAGUUUUAUUCUCAUUUUAUGAAUCUUUGGGCUGAAUACAUUGACAUUAUCUAUAAAAGUUUGUCAAGUGAAGGCCAAAUUACUGUGCAAAAAGUUCACGAGACUACCAAACAUAAAAAAUAUGAAAAAAGUGAGUCGAUCACUAGAACUACUGCAGUUUGUAAAAAAAAAAAAAGAGUUUGAAUUUAAACUCAAAUGAAACGCGGAUUGAUAAUCAAUCUUUGAUGAAAUUGAGAUUUGAUUUUGAGGGACUAAGGUCCAAUCUCAUGAACCGAGCUACUGCCCCAUCUUUGGAUACUUGUCUCAAUGAGAUGCUUCGUGAGGAACGUCUUCUCACUCAGACAACCAUGACAUAAGCGUCUUGGUCACCCAAACUCAAAUGUAUUUUAUGACUUAAUGAAAUAUGCAGUUUUUGGCAAUAAAAAUUAUGCAUCUCUUAGGGCUAUUCAAUUUAAUUGCAUUUAUUGUAAACUUGGUAAAAUUAAAAUUCUACCAUUUCCAAUUCAUCAAAGAAAUGUAAAUCAACCUUUUGGCAUGAUGCAUAAUGAUUUAUGGGGAAUAGCACCUGUUAUAUCUCAUGCUCGUUAUAAGUACUUUAUCACUUUUAUUGAUGACUAUAGUCGUUUCACAUGGGUUUAUUCUUUGUGCUCUAAGGCUGAAUCAUUUUCUGCAUUUAAAUUUUUUCAUGCCUACGUUAAGUCUCAAUUUUCAUCUACAAUUAAAAUUUUGCAUUCUAACAUUGGAGGGAAUAUACAGCUUCUUUAUUUCAGGAGUUCUUGUAGAAUGACAUUAUAUCACAAAGGUCAUGCCCUUUUAUACCCCCAACAAAACAGGGUAGCGGAAAGAAAAAACCGCCAUCCCCUUGAUGUUGUUCGUACUCUCAUGUUGGAUUCCCUUGUACCCUCUCGAUUCUGGUGUGAAGCUCUCUCCACCGUUGUCCAUCUUAUUAAUCAGUUGCCCUCUCAAGCCUUAAACAAUGAUUUCCCAUUUUAAGGCUAUAUGGACAACAACCAUCUUAUAGCAAUCUUCGUACCUUUGAUUGUGUGUUGUGUUCAUCUUUAGCCCCAAGAGCGCACCAAGCUCACAUCUCAAUCUGUUAAAUGUGUUUUUCUUGGUUAUCUAGCCACCAAAAAAGUUUUAUAUGCUAUGAUCCUAAUCUCAAUAGGAUUUGAGUUUCUAAAAAUGUUAUUUUUCAAAAGGAUGCAUAUUUUUUUCCGCUAACCAAGAUACUCAUUAUCCUACAUCCACAUCUAUUUUACCCCUAUUUUCUAACAAUUCUACAGGAGAACCAGCACCUAAGCCCUUUUUGGUGUACCAAAGAAGUCCAAAACCUCCACGGCCUCCUCCCGAUCAUUCUCUGCCUAUUGAUCCAGUACUUCAACAAGAGCCAACAACUUUAUGUCGCAGUACUCGCACUCGUAAUCCUCCAAAAAAGUAUGAUCCAUCUUCACCUUUUUUGUCGACAACAACUUUAGCUUCCGUUUCUAUCCCUUCCUUAUACUAACAUGCUAUGGAGCAUAAAUGUGGGCAAGAUGCUAUAGAGGCUAAACUUCUAGCACUAGAAGAGAAUCAAACAUGGGAUGUUGUUCCUUGUCCCUCAUCUGUUAAACCUCUUGGCAACAAAUUUAUAUUCACUAUAAAGCUUCGUUCAUGUGGAUCUACAGAUCGCUGUAAGGUUUGGUUAGUGGUUCCUGGAAAUAAGUAAGAAUUUGGCCUCAAUUAUGAUGAAACAUUUGCACUCGUGGCCAAAAUGACUACAGUACGCACUAUUCCAGUCAUUGUUGCAUCUAAAUCUUAGCAAAAACACCAGCUAGAUGUGAAGAACGUCUUUCUUCAUGGUGACCUCAAGGAGGAAUUUUACAUCAAACUUCCUACGGGUAUGACGUCCACUUUACCUAAUAAUGUUUGCAAACUAAAACAUUCUUUGUGUGGGUUAAAACAGACACCAAGAGUGUGGUUUGAGAAGUUUAGAACAACACUUCUUGGCUUUUCCUUCAUCCAAAGCAACUAUGAUCCAUCUCUAUUUACAGUGUUUAUGUGGAUGACAUUGUCAUCACCAGUUUAGAUCAAGAGGCAAUCAAUACAAUCCAACAACUGUUGCAUUGCACUUUCCACAUGAAAGAUCUUGGGCAGCUCACUUACAUGCUCAAAGAGUAUUUGGUUGCACAGGCUUCUUUCGGAACUUGGUUUCUCCCAAACAAAACCAACUCCAUUGCAUGCUAAUAAUACAAGUGCCAUACAAAUUGCAGCAAAUCCAGUAUACCAUGAAAUAAAGAAACACGUAGAAGUCAAUUGUCAUUCAAUUAAGGAAGCCUAUGACCACAAAGUUAUUACUUUGCCUCAUGUCUCAACAUCGGUUUAGUUGGCUGAUGUCCUCACCAAAUCAUUGCCACGUCAACGACAUAGUUUUCUAAUCAGCAAAUUGAUACUUAUAGACUCACCGACAUCAAUUUGAAGGGGGGUGUCAAUGGAAUUGACAGCUUUCAUAUUCAUUAAUUGUGCAGAUUUGAUGAUAUUUGUAAUUAUGUAAUUUUUCUCAUAAUUAAUUAGUCCAGCUGUAGAUUAACCGUUAUAGUAAGACUUAUAUCAUUCUGUAACAACAUUAUUUAAAGGAGAAUUCUCUAAUGGAAAUGACACAUUUUACCAAUCAAAAAUUCUGAGUCUGACAGAUAAUCUCCGGAGAAAGAUUCUCAAUUAGAGUUGAUUCACAUAAAUUACACACUUAAACAGAAAAAUAAAGACUGCACUGGACAAUUUACAAGGA